AUGCUUAGUGGGCACUUCUUACAACUGGCCCAGGUCAUCCUCGUGGUCUUCCCAUGUUUCUUCCUGUUCGGUUACAAUCAGGUGGGUGUCGGAGGACUACUCGGCUUCGACAGCUGGACUGGCCUAUUUCCCCAAAUCGACACAGUCAAUGCCACCGGAGAAACUGAAUCGCAAAAGUCCGUCAUGCAGGGCGUCUACGUUUCCUGCUUCACACUCGGGGGCGCCGUGGGCUCGUUAAUAUGCACUUCCAUCGGAGAUUUCCUCGGCCGGAGAAAAGCCAUCUUUAUCGGGGCGCUUCUCACGUUUAUCGGCGAGCUUCUUUCAUGCACUUCGUUCAGCUUCGCUCAAUUACUGGUCGGACGCAUCAUCACGGGUAUUGGUAUUGGGUUCACAAGCACGAUAGUCCCAGUCUGGCAGUCUGAGUGCUCUCCCGCAGCAGAUCGAGGAGCACAUGUUGUUAUUGAUGGUAUUUUCAUCACCAGCGGUUAUGCCAUUAGCCAGUGGAUAAAUUACGGCUUUUCUUAUAUCGACCAUCAUUCUGUCUCGUGGCGCGUACCCAUGGCGAUUCCAUGCGUUUUCUCGCUUAUGCCAAUCGGGUCCAUUUUCUUCCUCCCUGAGUCGCCUCGCUGGCUCGUCCGUGCCGGUCAUGCGACACAAGCAGCUCUCAUCCUGGCGCGGAUCAAGGAGAUUGAUUCUGAGCAUCUGGAAAUCAGACACGAAAUUGCCGGUAUCGAAGCAUCACUCGAGGAAUCGGUCCAGAACGCAGCAAGUGUCAAAGACAUCUUCACCAUGAAGGACGGCAAACUGUUCUACCGGUUCAUGCUCUGCAUCGGUCUACAAUUCUGGGUCCAAAUGACCGGUGCGAACGCAAUCAGCACUUACUGCACGACAAUCUUCCAAGAUAGUCUGGGCCUAACCGCUGAUCUUUCCCGGGUGCUUGCGGCAGGCAUGUUGACAUGGAAGUUCGUUGCUUCGUUUGUCGCCUUUUUCACCAUUGAUCGAUUCGGACGCCGGAAGUUGUUUCUGUUCAGUGGCGCUGGUAUCACGCUGUGCAUGAUGUCCAUAGCGAUCACAAACAGAUAUGCAAAUGAAAGCCACGGGGCUGCCAUCGGGACGACCUUCUUCAUCUUCCUGUUCGCUUUCUUCUUUCCCAUCGGUUUCUUGGGGCCCAGUUUUCUCUAUUGCACGGAAGUCGCUCCUCUUCGUCUUCGUGUUGCCAUGACUUCGAUAUCCACCGCGAACCACUGGCUUUGGAACUUCGUCGUGCAGAUGAUCACCCCAAUCGCAAUGACGAAUAUAGGCUAUCAGUACUGGAUCGUAUAUACAGUUCUUUGCUUCGCAUUCCCCGUGACUGUUUUCUUUUUCUACCCGGAGACAAUGGGACAGAGUCUGGAGAGACUUGAAGAGCUCUUCCAGCAAGAUCUUUCUAUAUUCCAGACAGUCCGGGUGGCAAAUGAAUUAGCGAGCACGACACAGGGGUCGGAUGAGAUGGUUGGUGAGAAAGGGGAAAAGCUUGAGCAGAGUGGGAAUGAGAGUCCUGCUCCUUAA